AUGCAAAGUAAUAAUAAUGAACAAUAUAUAAUACAAACAUUUACAGAACUUACACAUCAACAUAGGAAUGAAGAGGCAAUAGUAUUUAUUGGAGAUAUUUUAAAACAAAUUCCAUUAAAGAUAUAUUUAUUACCAAAUAUAAUUACAUUACUUUUACAAAAAGAUUCAGAGUUAUAUAACAAUGAAUUAAAACCUUUUUUCUUUUAUACUGGUGUAUUUCUAUCAAAAACAUCAACACUUAAAGAAACAGUUCAUCAAUUUAUGUAUUAUCUUUUCUCAAACGAUAUUUAUGAAAGAAAUUAUAAAGAAUUAUUAUUAAGAUAUGAAAAAUUUGUAGUAGGAAAAGAUGAAAAACAAUAUCCAUUAUUAAUGGUAUUUGGAUCGAUUUUACAUUUUAUGAGUUGGGAUGAUGAAUACAAAGCAUUUAAACAAUCAUCAAAAGAUAGAAAUUUUAAAAAUAAAUCAAUAGAGGAUAGAUUAGAAAAGAAUGCACUUUCAAUAGAAUAUAAAUUAAAUACUUCUCUUUCUUUUUUUCCAAAUUUAGAAUUUAUAAUGAAACCAUUAUUAAAGAUUAUGUUAUAUCUUGGUAAAAUUGAAGAAUCUUAUAUAUUAUUAUUAUCAUUUGUUAAUCAAUACCCUUUGAAUCCUAUUGGUUAUAUUUUAUUAGGAUCAUAUUUAAUUGAACAUAAAUCAAAUGAUACAGAUAAAAUUAUACAUUGUUAUAGAACUUUAAUAAAUUUAGAUCCAAUUUCAAAUAAUGCAUUUAGUGUUUUACUUCAAUUAUAUUAUAGUACUCAAAUAGGUAAUGAUGACAAUGAUGAAGAUUGCGAUGAAGAGGAAUUAAUAUCAGAGAAUAUGAUUUCAUUUGAAGAGAUAUUUAAAUUAUAUACCAAUAGAUUAUCGAUAACUCCUGAUGAUUUAGAGAUUUGGAAAUUAUUUUAUUACUUUUUAAAGGAUAAUAUAGCAAAUAGAAAUAAAUUAGUGAAAAGAGUUACAUCAAGUUUUCAAUGUCAAUCAUUUUUAGCCACUUGUUUUAAUGACUUUUUAGAUUACCAACUAUCUUUGUCAAUGCUUAAAUUUAAAGCUGCUAUUUAUUAUCUAUUAGUAUCAACUGCAAAUCCCGAUCAUGCUAAAAAUAAUAAUAAUAAUAAUAAUAAUAAUAAUAAUAAUAAUAAUAAUAAUAAUAAUAAUAAUAAUAAUAAUAAUAAUAAUAAUAAUAAUAAUAAUAAUAAUAAUAAUAAUAAUGGAUUAACUUAUGUCAAUCAAUGUUUAAGUAAAAGAAAAAAUUUUCAAUUCUCUUUAUUGGUUUUAGAAUUUUUAGAAAGUGAAUUUCAAAAUUUAAAAUGA